AUGGCCCCAGCACAAGUUUUGAAUGCCGGUGAUGGAGGGGUCAGGAAUGUUGAUGUUCUUAUUAUCGGCGCCGGGUUUGGGGGAUGCUACAGUCUCUACAAGCUCCGCCGACUAGGCCUCAGUGUGCACCUUUUCGAGGCCGGUUCCCAGCUCGGAGGAGUGUGGCAUUGGAACAACUACCCUGGAGCGCGCGUCGACUCGGAGAUCCCAUACUACCAGUUUUCCAUGCCCGAGGUCUGGCGCAAAUGGAAUUGGUCGGAGAGAUUUCCCGGUGGAGAGGAACUGAAGGCAUAUUUCAAGCACGUGGAUUCCACCCUGAAUCUUUCCAAGGACAUCACAUAUUCGGCCAACGUCGUCGGGAUCAAGUAUGAUGAGUCGACGGCGAAAUGGACCGUCACCACCGAGGACGGCCAGAAGGCGGUCUGCCGGUACCUGAUCUGCGCCACUGGGAGCUCCUUCAAGCCCUACUACCCGGACUUUCCCAACUUGAACAAGUUCAAAGGUCAACUGAUCCACUCGACUCGCUGGCCUGCUGUGGCAAACACCAAAGGCCGACGGGUCGCCAUCAUUGGGUCCGGGGCCACGGCGGUGCAAUGCACCCAGGAGAUUGCAAAGGAGGCCAGCCAUUUGACCGUCUACAUCCGCACGGCCAGCAUCUCGUUGCCCAUGUUUCAGCGUCGGCUGGACGAAUUGGAACAACGCAUCAGCAAGGCCACCUAUCGUCAAAUGUUUGACUUCUGCCGACAUUCCAAGUCCGGUCUUGGCUAUGACCCUCAGCCCGGCUCCGUCUUUGACCUGACCGACGAGGAACGGGAAGAGCUGUGGGAGGAGCUGUGGAGCCGUGGUGGGUUCAACUUUAAUCAAGCAAACUAUCGCGAUUUCCUCGUCGAUCCAAAGGCCAGCCAGCUGAUGUAUGACUUCUGGGCCAAAAAGACGCGCCCGAGGGUCAAGAACCCCGCAAAAGCCGCUUUCCUGGUGCCGGAGAAGCCGCCGUUUGCAUUUGGCACGAAACGAAGCAGUCUCGAACAGGACUACUACGAGUGUUGCGAUCAAGAUAACGUUGACCUGGUCGACCUCAAAGCCAACCCCAUUCGAGAGUUUACGGAAAAGGGAAUCAUCACGCAAGACGGAGUAGAACGCGAGUUCGAUACGGUCGUCAUGGCCACCGGCUUCGACGCCAUGACUGGCAGCUUGACGAACAUGAAUGUCGUGGGCCGGGACGGCUUGACUUUCAAGGAGAGAUGGAAGGACGGUGUCUUCACCCAGCUGGGUCUUUGCAGUAGUGGCUGCCCGAACUUGUUUAUGAUCUAUGGACCUCAAGCACCCACCGCAUUUACCAAUGGACCCGUCUUCAUUGAAGCCCAGGUUGACGUGGUGGUGGACCUGAUCCAAAAACUUCAAAAAGACGGCAUCAAGUCAAUCGAGGCCCAGCGCCCUGCAGAGGAGAAGUGGAAGCAAGCUAUUCAGGAUGCAAAUGAUAAAACAUUGCUCCCCCUUACCGAUUCCUGGUACAUGGGGGCAAACAUCCCAGGGAAGAAACGGGAGCAGUUGAACUAUUUAGGAGGUAUCGAGACGUACAUACAGGAGUGUCGGAAAGCCUUGGAGACCCUAGACGGAUUUACUGUGGUCUAUGAUUCUGACAAACAGUCUAAUGGGAGUGUGUAG